AUGGACAAGGAAUGGACAAAGAAAAACCCCGCGAGUAAAGAGUACCAAAAUGGUCUUGAUUAUUUUCUAGAUUCUGCAUACACCAAAGGAAAACCUCGCGGGAAAGAGAUUUCGUGUCCUUGUGCUAAUUGUUACAAUAGCAAUUGGUUUACAAGGAAUGAAAAAUCGAAACUCGGUGAUCUUAAUGAUAAUCAUAUGAAUGAAGAAGAGGAUCAACUUGAUGAUAUUGAUGGACUAUUGCAUGAAAGAUUUAGAGAUGUUGUACAAGAAGACAAUGAUGUAAAUAUAAGCCUCAAUGAAGAUGCAAAAAAGAUCUAUAAUCUAGUUGAAGAAGCCAAACAAGAUUUGUAUCCCGGUUGCAAAAACUUCUCUAAAUUGUCAUUCAUCAUUCGUCUUUAUUUAUCGAAAUGUCUUUAUGGUUGGAGCAAUGUAUCAUUCGAUGCUCUAUUAGAGUUGUUGAGAGAAGCUAUGCCUUCAUUAAACAUCCCUGAUACGUUCAACAAAACUAAAGGCAUGAUAAGGGACUUAGGGCUAGAUUAUAAGAAGAUCGAUGCUUGCCCUAAUGAUUGCAUGAUAUAUUGGAAAGAUCACGAGAAUGAUACUUCUUGCCAUGUUUGCGGUGCUCCACGAUGGAAUGAAGAUAUCAAAGGAAAUGAUCAUGUUGAAAAAAAUCAUAAGUCUCAUAAAGUUCCUUCAAAGGUUUUGAGGCACUUUCCAUUGAUUCCUAAACUUCAAUGA